AUGUCUUUACAACGCACACCACCGAAUGUGUUUUCAUCGGACGGUGAUAUUCCUGCAUCGGUAAAGAAGAUUAGCGGCGAAAGUUUUAUAACUACCCGUAAACGUAAACAAAUCGAAAACGAUAAAAAUGAUACAAAUGUGAUUAAAUUUGAAGAAAAAUUUGAUAAUCAAAUGCAAAUAUGGAAUAAAACCAUUAGCGAUUGCAUCGCAAAUAGCAUUGCCACCGCGGUAAAUACAGCCCUAAAGGGCGAGCUAUCGAAGAUUACCUCUGCGUUAUCAGAACUUAAUGAUAAUGUAUUGAAACUUAACAUGGAUACUAUCAACCUUAAUAAAUCAUUGCACGAAGUUAACACCCGACUGUGCGAAAUAGAGAAAUCACUUAGCUUCUCAAAUGAACGACAGGACUUAUUUGACAGUCGACUGAAAACUGUUGAACAGAAUAUAUCACAAUAUAAUGGCUCUAUAACUCAAAUACAACUACUUGAGAACAAAAUACAUACCAUGGAACAGCAAGCAAGACAGUGCAAUGUCGAAAUAGCUAAUAUCCCCGACAGGCGAGAUAUUCCAAAUAGUGUUCACUAUGACGGAACAGAGGCGGAUAGUCCUGAGGGCAUUUGUAACCUGUUUUCUUCCUUCUUUCAUUCAGUUUUCCAGCCUACUAAUGUAUCUGACUCCUUCUGUAUUGACCAUAUAGAUGAUAUAGACAAUGGUAUGCUCAAUGACACCAUUAUUAGUGACAUACAGCUAUCAAAAGCAGAUGUCUUAAAGGAACUAAAGGCACUAGAUAUUAUCUAA